AAGCAUCGGACAGAAUGAGCGACCACUACUUCUAGCCAUCUGAUCCGCGGUCCCUAAUUGGACCUGACGCUUCGCAUCUUGCGUCGGCGGCGGCCUUCGAAAAAUAGAGGCGAGGGAACAAAAGCUAGCGGUCGAAAUCGGAGAGGGCGAGAUGGGGGUCGCUGCCGAUGCGGCAACCGUGGCGGUAGCGGCUCCACCGACCAAGAAGAUGGCGGCCGACUUUGUGAUGGGCGGGGCGGCCGCGGUAUUUGCUAAAAGCGGGGCAGCGCCGGUGGAGCGGGUGAAGCUCCUGCUGCAAAACCAGGGGGAGAUGAUCAGGAGGGGGCACUUGACUAGGCCUUACCAGGGCAUUAGGGAUUGCUUCGCAAGGGUUCUCAAUGAAGAAGGGGUUCUCGCCUUGUGGAGAGGCAACCAGGCCAAUGUCAUCCGAUAUUUCCCUACUCAGGCUUUCAAUUUUGCAUUCAAGGGCUAUUUUCGAAGCCUUUUUGGCUUCUCAAAAGAGAAAGAGGGUUACAUGAAAUGGUUAGCGGGGAACGUAGCUUCAGGUAGCGCAGCUGGAGCAACAACAUCCCUGUUACUAUACCAUUUAGAUUAUGCAAGGACUCGGCUUGGCACAGAUGCAAUUGAAUCCAAAGCUAACAGUGAACGACAGUUUAAAGGACUAGCUGACGUCUACAGAAAGACUCUAGCAACUGAUGGUAUUGUUGGCUUGUAUCGAGGUUUUAGUGUUUCCAUACUGGGCAUCACUUUGUAUCGGGGCUUGUAUUUUGGCAUUUAUGAUACCAUGAAACCCAUUAUCCUAGUUGGACCACUGGAGGGCAACUUCUUUGCCAGUUUCACAUUAGGCUGGAGUGUGACUACAUUUUCUGGCAUUUGUGCAUACCCUUUCGAUACGCUGCGUCGGAGAAUGAUGUUGACCUCCGGACAGCCAUUCAAGUAUCAAAAUGCAUAUCAUGCUCUGAAGACAAUAGUAGGGAAUGAAGGUUUCUUUGCACUUUUCAGAGGUGCUGCUGCAAACAUGCUAUCAGGGAUGGCCGGAGCUGGUGUUCUUGCAGGUUAUGACCAACUACACCGAAUCGCAUGUAGGCAUGGUUAUGGCUUUGACCAGAAGCUUAGAACCAGUUAGAUUCUAACACAGACCGCCGAGGGAUUUUAUAUAUCUCAUGGGGAUGAUGGAGGAAGCCUGCAGGAGAGAAGGUGGCAGAAUACGAGAAGGGAGGCUGAAGAGAAACGUCUAAGAAAGUCACAUGUAUACCAUGGAGACUUCUCAUGGAAACAGGUGACGAGUAAAAUAAAAUAGAACUGGCAACUCUCCAUCUUCUUCGAGAUGUUUUGGCAGACGGUUCCAUAUAUUUAUUUUUACUUUUUGGAGAAAUUUUCAGAUCCCAACUAGCACUGUAAAUAAAUCAAAUUAAACAAGCUGCAAGCUUGUUA